AUGUUGGGGCUGAGCCAAGUAGGGCCCUACAUGGACGAUAGACCCACUCUCACCACAGACAUUGUUGAUGGAUGGACCGGGAUAUUCAAAUGGAGCGUCUUUUUCUUUUCUGCAAGGAUCGAGGGACUGGAGAGGGGUAAUCCUAGCAGGUUGGAUGUUCUAUCCGCGUGCUGGUAUAGCCUUGCGCAUCGUGACGCAAUUCGAGAGGCUAUGAUCUUGACUCCCGCAACGGUCGAGAUCGCUACGAGGUUGUGGCUUGAGGAAGAUAGUGGACCGCUACCGUCCAUCUUGGACGCGCCAAUGGGCACCUGUGUGCUCGGUAAUAUCCUCAAACUCGCUACAAGGGAUCAGCUCAACAGGGUGCUUCGGAUGGCGAAUGGGAAGGCAGAUGAGAUCGCUAAACUCGCUAUAUCUCGUCUGCGGAAUGCUUCCAAAGCCCCGAAGGUCAAUCCAAUCCACCUCUCCAUGUAUUUGGAUAUGAUAAACUCUCUUUCGCGUGUACCUGAUCAUCCUCUGCGGUAUGCACUGCUUGGGGCGAACGUUAUAUGGGUCUUACACACGUUCUAUGCACAGUUUCCGUCGUCGUGA